UGCAAAAACCAGCACCAUCUCCCAGCCUUACAGACCAUCUCCACCGUACAUAUCAACACUUGGAAAAAUCUCGAUCGUACGAAUAGUCCUCGUUUACCCCGAAAUACCAGAUCUCCAUUUAUUGCCGUUAGGGUUUCCAUCUCAAAUCUCCGAUCUCAACCGUCCAAUCCAUUCAUCGGACGGCCAGAAUUCCCCAUCCCCUCCAAAAAAAUCCAUACUAGUUUUAUUAUUUCAGGAAAAUUACUUUCUAAACCCUAGGUCUGGCAGGCGGUGACGAAACCGGUUUCUUUAUCUUUCGUUUCAUGGCUUUUGGGAAACUAACUCGGCAAAAACCCUAGAUUUACAGUUUCAGAAGCUCAUGAAACCUUUAGCCGUGGCCAUAUGCGUGACCUCCUCUAUCUGAUCUUUCAGGUACUAUCUUUUUUCACUAUUUUGGCCAUGAUUUUAUGCUAUAAAGGCCACAAUUUGGGAUCUUUUCUAUGAAGCUAUGUAUGUUGGAAUCAGACGGAUCCGAGUCUUUUAUAAGGGUUUUGUAGAUGGAGAACAAUGUAGAAUUCAUUGGUUCCGAUAAAAGCUUUAUGUCAUCAAAAUCUGUGGAUGUGGAGAGCCUGUAUAUUGAAAAACCUGGGGUUUCCGGGGGUGAAUUAGGGUUUGAUACCCAUGGUUCUAGCGAGAAGAAGCCGUUGAAAAGGAGCCGGACGUCUUCUCGCAAGGCUAUGCAUGGUUCGGGAAAGCUAAAGACUAAGCAUGAUGGGCCUGGUUCGGGAAAGCUCAAGCCUAAGCAGCCUAAGCGUGAUGAUGGGCCUGGUUCGGGAAAGCUAAAGAAGAGAAGAGGCAGGAAAGAGGUUUCUCUAAAUAGUUUAGAGCCUCUUCCUAAGAAGAGAAAGAGGGUUGUCAAUAACAAUGGUUCAGAUAGUGGUCCUAUUUCUGAGAAGGAUAAAAAUUUGAUCUUUGGCCGAGGCAGGAAGACCACUAAUUCCAGUCACAUUCCAAACCUCGUCAAUAGGAAUUCUGAUGUUCAAAAUCAGAAAACUAAGAAGAAUUCGGACACAGGUCUGGUUCAAAAUGUUGGAAAAAAGAAGGUGCAUUUGAGCAAUGUUUCAGAAAGUUUUGGCGAGAACUCGAGCUUAAAAGCUCAAGUUGGUUCAAAGCGUAAGAGUCGCACUACCAGAUGGUCGGAAACUUCUAAGAGAGUGUCAGCUUCACCUGCUGAUAACAAGCAUGGUGGCGCUGAGGCGCUUGGAGUAGAAGAGAAAGCUGAGGAGCUUGGAGUAGAAGAGAAAUUUGAGGAGCUUGGAGUAGAAGAGAAAGCUGAGGAGCUUGGAGUAGAAGAGAAAUUGGGUUUGGUACCCUCAAUAGUCCGGAGAAAGAGGCGUUUUAGAAGAAACAAGCAGUCAGCUAAGGAUAAACUAGAUGAACCCAUUAACAAUAUUCUGGCUUCACCCACUGAUAAUAAGCAUGGUGAAGAAACUGACAGGCUUCUAUUAAAGACAAAUUUGGGUUUGGGAUCCUCAAUAGCUAGAAAAAAGGGAUCCUUUAGACGAAACAAAGAGAAUGACACUCAUAAACUGGAUCGACGCACAAAAUCUAAGGGCAUUAACACUAGUUCGACCAUAGAGAAUCCCAACCGAAACAACAUUAAAAGGAGGAGGAGGACAGGAGUGAAUCUGGCCCAUGUUGCAGUUUUGGCCGAGAACUCUUUGCACAGAAGUCCAAACUCCAUUGCUUCUGAUUCUGGCAGUGGGGGUGGUAAACUAGAGAUUCCUCUAGGAGAUGAGCAAGAAAACCUUGAACAAAAUGCUGCAAGGAUGCUUUCUUCUAGGUUUAAUCCUAGUUUUGGUGGGAUUUCUGGAAAAUCUACUGGUUCUAGACCUGAAUCCACAAGUGGGUCUUCACUAAAAGCUUUGCCCCAUUCAUCGCCAAAGAGCUUAGAGGCUCGUGCGUUGGUGGGUGGCAAGAUUUUGGGGGAAGAUAGAAAGGGCAGGGUCUUGAGGCCAAGGAAACAUGAGCAUAAGGGGGUUAAUAGAAAGAGGCGUCGGUUUGUGGAAGUAAAAAUUCACGAUUCAGAUGCUCUUUGGGCUGUUAAUAGGAGAAUCAACGUUUAUUGGCCUUUGGAUAAGAUGUGGUACCGAGGCAUUAUCAAGAAUUAUGACCCAGAGACUAAGUUGCACAACAUUCAUUAUGAUGAUCGAGAUGAGGAAUGGCUUUCACUCGAAUCUGAAACCUUCAAGAUUCUCGUAUGGCCUGGUGAGGCAUCGAACCGAUUUGGUUUUUCAAACGAGAGAUCAAGGUCAAAAGAAAGUAAUACCCAUGAAAAUGGAUAUAAAAAUUCAAACGAGAGGUCAAGGUCAAAAGACAGUAAUACCUAUGAAAAUGGAGAUGAAAAUUCCGGUAAAAAUAUGGAUAGCUUCAUGGAAUCAGAGCCUAUAAUAUCUUGGCUGGCACGUUCUUUAAAGAAGGCUAAUUCUUCCCCAAAUAAUUCAGAAAUGAAAAAGCUAUCCGGCAUUUCUCAAGACAAACCUCUUUUCGUUGGUCCCAAAAGCUCCUCAUUCCAGAGUGACACAGGCUUGUCUAGAAGUAGCCCCCGUUAUGUUUAUGUUAGAAAACGAUUUCACAAGAGAGAACGUGGUCGAAACAAGAGUCUGGAGGAGAGUUUGUCUUGUAAAAGCACACGUGUGUCUGUGAGCUUUCUUGAUUCUGUUGCUGAUCAGUUGAGGUCUUCUGUGAGCAUUCUUGAUUCUGUUGCUGAUCGGUUGAGGUCUUCUGUGAUGGAUGAUGCAUGUGCUUGUGUUGGGAUUGAUCAGGAGUCUAAGGCCCUUCUUUUAUACAAUAUACUAGAUCAAGCAAUGUUCUUGUUAGUUUUGCCCCAAAUUUGGAAGUUCUAUGUUAGAACUGUAGAUGAGAGCUUUUGGGUUUAUCAUACUCUCAUGCUCCUUCACUAUGGCACUCUAGUGGCUUUGUGGCCUAAAGUUCAGUUGGAGAUGCUGAUUGUGGAUAGUCUUGUGGGGUUACGGCUGCUACAAUAUGAGGGGUGCUUGAUUCAAGCUGUAAAUUGUUUGUGCUUGAUCCUGAGUUUUUUUUGUCAGUCAGAUGGAAUGCAGGUUUCUUCAAAAAUGUCAAGGAUCCAGUCACCAGUUACUUCUAUUAGGUUUAAGCUCUCUUACUCUCAAGGUGUGGGUAGACAUCUCGUGCUUGUCUUCUACAACUUCUUGGAGCUGAGGAGUUCAAAAUGGCGAAACCUGGAUGGACUUCUUCGGGACUUCUCUCCAGUCACCAGGACAUUGCCUCUGGCCGAUUGCAUGAAUGUGAUCUCUUCAACCUUGAAGAACUUUGAGAGUUUACGAGAGGAAUCCUUAAAAGAAUUGAUGUACCAAGAUACAAUCAAAGCACCGGUGAAUGUAAAUGGUAUCUCCACAUCUGGCAUUUCUGACGGGGAUCAUGGAAGCAUUCCUUUAUGUUAUCAUUCUUUUGCCACCAUGCCUACUUCCUUUUUCGGGCUGCAUAUGAAGUUGUCGAUCGGAAAUCCUACCGCCUCUACUAACUUUCAAAGUUUUGCUCCAGCAUCAGCACUGAAGAACGCACUUCACCCUGAAAUUAUAACCAGUGAUGUGGCUAUGGUGUCCUCUCCUGUUGAGGAUUCCUUAGUUCAUGUCAGGGAAGCCAUGCAAAAGAAUUUGCUAGAGCAAGCUUCUGCAGUACCAUACGAACAAGAAAAUGUAGAGGCUCAUGUUUACUCCAAUGAGAAUGGAGUAAUCAAAUCCCCUCAUCAAUUCUCAAAAGACAAACUCAAUGUGAACAACAGACCUGUGGGCUCACUAAGCUUGGGUAAGGCCAAUGGGGAUGAUUCUCAUCUCCAUGGGAGUGAGAUUCGUUUCCAAGGGUAUCAGGAGAGCUCAGCUUCAGUUUCUGAGGUUGUUUCUUCCCCAAAUGAGUCUGAAGCUGGUUGCAUUUCUCAUGAUGUCAGUGAUCAAUCCCUUUCUCCAUUACACCAAGUAACAAACCUGUCAUUUGAUGGGGUAUCUCAAACUGCAGGAGGUUCAAAUUAUCUGUCAAGCUGGGAUUCUGAGAAGUUGGGCUCUUGUCGCCAAAACCCAACUGGCCCUAGAAGCAUUUGGCCACGUAAUCGCUUUGGUUCGGUUUCUUCCUCUUUUUCUUAUCGCUCGAAGUUGUGGCAGGAUGGGGUCUCUAGAAAGCCCCGGUCUCAGCUUUCAGGGCCAUUACGUUGCAAGGAUAACAAUGUUGACUUGAAACCAGCUCAAUAUCAUCGAAGGGGCCGGCCCUAUAAGCAAACAAAGAUCGAUAAGCCAAAGAGGAUCGUUCAAGAUUCUGGUAGACCGAGGAGGGGUCCUGAGUCAUUGUCUUGUGAUGCAAAUGUGUUGGUCACAACAUCUGAUAGGGGGUGGAGAGAAUGUGGGGCUCAAGUUGUGCUUGAGUCUUUGGAUCGUAAUGAUUGGAGGCUCGUUGUGAAGCUUUCGGGGUCUACCAAAUACUCACUCAAAGCACUAAACCCUAUGCCGCUCGGGACCACGAAUCGAUUCACUCAUGCUAUGAUGUGGAGGGGUGGGAAUGAUUGGAGCUUGGAAUUUGUGGACAGGGCUCAAUGGGUUGUUUUUAAGGAGAUGUAUGAUGAGUGUUGCAACUUGAACAGUCGUGCCCGCUUGGUCAAGAACAUACCUAUACCUGGAGUAAGAAGGAUUGAAGUUCCUGAUUCUGAUGGGGCGGGUGUUCCUUUUAUCCGCACUUCUAAAUAUAUCAAGCAGGUUGGUACUGAGGUUGACAUGGCCUUGGUUCCCUCACGGGUUGUUUAUGACAUGGAUGGUCAUGAUGAAGAAUGGCUUGAGCAUAAUGAGCUGGAUAUCACAGAGGAAAUGUUUGAGAGGGCAAUGGACAAGUUUGAAAAGGUUGCCUAUGCUCAACAGCAUGAUGAUUUUACUGUUGAUGAAGUUGGUCGUUUCACGGCUGGAAUUGGACCCAUGGAGGUUAUGAAAGCUAUUUAUGAGUAUUGGCAACAAAAGCGGCUUAAAUUGGGCAUGCCGUUGAUUCGGCAGUUUCAGCCUCCAUUAUGGGAGCGAUACCAGCGACAGAUGAAAGAAUGGGAAUCCCGAGUGAACCAUAUUCACAAUGCUUCAAAUGGAAGCAAAGAGAAGGCGACACUGCUCGAGAGGCCACCAAUGUUUGCUUUUUGUUUGAGGCCACGGGGACUUGAAGUUCCCAACAAGGGUUCAAAGCAAAGGUCACAAAGGAAACUAUCUGCGGGGGCCUCCAGCUUCAUUCAAAGAGAACAUGAUUCUUGUCAAGUUUCAGGCAGAAAACUUAAUGGGUUUUUGGGUGUAGAAGAGAAGUCCUUAAAUACCAUCCAAAGCAUUGAGCUUUCAGAAGAAGCAGCAUUUAGAGGAGUCCGACCAAGGAUCAGUAUACUGCAAAAGGAGGGCCCCAAACUCCAAAGAAGUGAUUCUUCACAGUCUAAACGAGGGUGGUCCAUUCAAAGACCAACUCGAAAUGGGGUUCUUCGUGUUUGGGGCACAAACUCACCCAAAUGGUCCAAUAACAAAGAGUGCCAAUCAGAUGGGAUGAUGGGUUCUUAUAGAGAGAAAGCUGAGCGUCCUUAUAGAGAUAGAGCUGAACACUUGAAUGGUGCAAACUUUGAAAGCCAGUUCAGAGUAAGAGAUGCUGCUAGUUCUGCACAGCAUGCCUCUAAUCUGGCUAAACUCAAGCGUAUCAAAGCUGAAAAGCUGUUUCAGAAGGCUGACCUUGCUCUUCACAAGGCUUUUGUGGCUCUUUUGAUUGCUGAUGCAAUACAAAAGGCAGAGAAGGAGAGAGACGUAGAGGUCACCACAUCCCAAUCUGAAAAUGAAGAGAGACCAAAUGGUCAUGAGCUCAGCAUGGAAAAAGGGGUCAAUGGUCUGCUAGUUGAUGAUGUAGCGAACAGACUGGCCUUAGUGCCUUUUUCCCAAUAGAGUGAUGGAGUUCUAAAAGGGUUUUCUUUGUCCGUGGCUGUGUAUAAGAGAAGAAGAUUGCUUCAUUGAAUCUUUACACUGCCAGUACUGACCAAAUUAUGGUGGCAAUAUCUGAUUUUGCAGUGGAAGAGUUUUUACAGUAGGUACCUCUCCAUGAAUUUCAGAACUUAUACAACGAGCAAGCAACAUUGGCAUGUAGGAAUUUGCAUUGGUGAUCACUGUACAGAAUUGUUUCUUUUUUUUUUUAUCUACUUUUUCUCCUUUCCAGAAAGUCUCUGUCUUCUGCCUUUGCUUGAGCAUUUGGCUAUAAUAAUAGUGCACAGCCAUAACUUUUGGAUUUUGAAGUUACAUGAUGGAUUUUGAAACGCAUUACAAGGUGAGAGUUGCACCUGGAUCUUGUCUCAUCUUAUUCUCAACAUUUUAUGAAGAUUUUCAUGUGCUUUUGCUUA